AUAAACAGUGAGCAGGGGGACUGGCACAAAACACUUCCGAUACUGAAUAAACGGAAGUGAUUCGUAUAUAUAUAUAAUGCCAGCUCGUUUCGCCUCGGCCUACGAUCAACCAUCGGAGACUAACGCAGCGACGAACAAGGAAGGACAACAUGAGGCUUUUAAUAGCUACCGCUCUCGUUUGCUACGUCAGCUUCACGCAAGCAUUCAUCCCCAAGCCCCACGUGACCUGCUCUCGGAAGUGGGUCAAGGUAGGCUGUUUCCAUGACUCCCUCAGUCCCAGGCCCUUCCCGUACGAGCUCCUCAACGACCGUGACGUGUACAGCAAAAAUAACGAUGGCCAUCUACUCGACUGGCACAAAUGGGAACAGUCAAUGCACAGCCUUGCCUGUCGAUGCGCCGAGAAGGCCCGCGCCCGCGGAUACCGGAUGUUUGGUCUGCAGUUUUACGGUGAAUGCUGGUCUGGGCCGAGUGCCGCGCUUAGAUACAGCAAGGACGGGCCUUCAGACCACUGCUUCCAGCAGUUAACCGCCCCCUACGGAUGCGUGAAGAGCGAUCCAUUAAGCGAAUGCGUCGGAGGCAAAGAAACUAACUAUGUCUACAUGCUGACCGACAACACUCCCGAGCCUCAGAGUCCCGACAUCGAUGGUGGAUACACCAAGUGGUCGGACUGGUCAGUGUGCAGCAAGACAUGCGGCCUCGGAGAAAAGAGUCGCGAGCGAACAUGCACAAACCCCACCCCCAAGGGAAACGGUCGCCCCUGCAACCCACGCUUGGGCGAACCCAUUGAGUCUGCGCAAUGUCACUUGGCCAACUGUCCAUCAAAAUGCACGCGCGCACUGGAUGUCGGUAUCGUCGUGGAUUCCUCGGCUUCCGUUCGUCGUGAAAACUUCGCCAAGGUCAAGACCUUCCUUGCUGACCUUGUUAGCAAGCUCGAGAUUGGAGCCGCCAAGACUCACGUGGGAUUGGUGCGCUAUAGUCACGUGGCUAACAAACUCUGGGAUUUCAACGGUGCAGAGAACAAAGACCUGAAUGCUCUGUUAGACUCUAUCUACAAGAUCGAGUUCAAGCCCGGCGGAACACGAACUGAUGUCGCCCUUGAAGUGGCCAACAGUGAACUUUUCAGCCAGGAGGGUGGAGUGAGGAGCAGCGUCCCGCAUGUACUGCUGGUAAUCACUGACGGCAAGACCAGUCAAAAUAGCAAGCCAUACAGCCAAGUCCUAAAACCCCUUCAGGACAAAGGCAUCAAGAUUGUUGCAGUUGGUGUCGGAUACUCCAUCGGCGAAGACGAACUCAAGAUCAUCGCUCUUCAACACGACGACAAUGUCUUCAAAAUUGACUCAUUCGAUGACCUCGUAAAGCGGCUAAACUCUAUCAUGCAAGCCUUCUGUAUGGCCAGAUUCUAAGCAGAUGUUUGAUAUGUGGUUUAACAUACUAUUUUUGUGCUACUGAUGUUAAUUUAGAAUGCGGGUAACACCAGGUGUCCGUUAUAAGUUAGGACCUUGUGUCCGGUGUCCGGUAGGCUUAGGCCUUGUGUCUGAUAGAUUGGGCUUUAAGGAUGGUAUCAGAAUUGUAGUAAUUUUAGUUAAAAAGAUGAUUAAACGAUUCUCCGCAA